AAAAAGCCCAAAUUUGACGGCUUAAUCACAAGAUCGAUCCCACCCUCCGCUGUGAUCGGCUCCGUGUCGUACCAACCAAGGUUCUUCAGAUUCAACUCCACUGCUCAGAUUCAACUCCACUACUCAGAUUCCUUCUAGGGUUUUUUUUUUUUUUUUCUUUUUUUCCAUUUCUUCCGAUAAUGGCUGCGGUUCGUUUGACGCCAGAAGAUGCCGAGUUGUUGCAGCAGGCUCGUGCUGCUCCGUCCGCCGUUGAUCUAGUCUCUGACGAUGAUCGCUCAGUGGCUGCUGACUCAUGGUCCAUCAAGAGCGAGUAUGGUAGCACCCUCGACGAUGACCAACGUAAUGCUGAUGCUGCUGAGGCUCUAUCUGCUGGGAAUUUGCGUCCCGCUUCUGAUUACAGUUCUGACAAGGAUGAAAUGGAGCCAGAUGCUGAAGCUGUGACAUCAAUGCUAGGUCUCCAAAGUUAUUGGGAUUCUCAAUAUGCUGAUGAAUUGACAAAUUUUCGUGAACAUGGUCAUGUUGGUGAAGUCUGGUUCGGAUCUGAAGUUAUGGAAACUGUUGCUUCUUGGACAAAGAGCCUGUGUUAUGAUGUUUCUCAAGGUCGGUUUCUGAAUCAAGCUGGCAAUGUUAAGACACUGAAUGUUGAUCAGGGAUCCAAAUUCUUGUCUAGUUGGAGUGUACUUGAUAUUGGGACGGGAAAUGGUUUGCUACUUCAAGAACUUGCUAAGGAGGGAUUCUCUAAUUUGACAGGAACUGAUUACAGUGAAGGGGCAAUAGAUCUUGCUAGAAGCCUUGCAGAGCGAGAUGGUUUUUCCAAUAUUAACUUUUUGGUUGAUGAUGUUCUUGAGACAAAGUUGGAAGGCCAAUUUCAGCUCGUUGUGGAUAAAGGGACUUUAGAUGCAAUAGGAUUGCAUCCAGAUGGUCCUAUUAAAAGGAUCAUGUAUUGGGAGUCUGUAUCGAAACUGGUGGCUCCAGGUGGGGUUUUGGUGAUCACUUCUUGUAACAGCACAAAAGAUGAACUUGUGCAAGAAGUUGAAAACUUCAACCAAAGAAGGGUUAAUACCUUUGCGGAACCAGAGUCAUCUGAUGAAACACAACCAGAAGAAUUGUUGCCUACAUUUCAGUACCUAAGCCAUGUUCGUACGUACCCGACAUUCACCUUUGGAGGAUCUGUUGGAUCCCGUGUUGCCACAGUGGCAUUUCUUAGAAACUAAUUGUGUUAGUGUUAGCUUUGUUACCUUGAAGUCGGUCAUUUCUGUAUGUUAUACACAUUUAUGGAUUUAAGUGUUGCCUACCACUGUUUGCCCCCAAAGAGUCAAUGUUGUAAUGUUUUUACCUUCCCUUUCUUUUUUUUCUUACUUUUUGUUUUUCUUUUGUUUUUUGUUUUUUGUUUUUUUUUUCUGUUGAGAACCUCAAUGACUUAGCAUUUGUGUAAAACUUUCAACCAUUUUCCAGGUUUUUUAGCUUGUGCUUAGGGAACUGAUGUAAUUACGGUGGGGAGUAAAGUGGGAAAUUACUAAAUUGGCUGCUUCGAUCUCAAUGCCUUUCUCAGGAUUUCAAUAGACAUCUAAUAAACCAUGUUCAACACUA